UAGUCCUCCCUCUGCUGUGGAUUCGAGUACUGGCAGUAGUCACUGGGUGCAGUGAGUGGCAAUGGCCCCUAUCUUCUACUAAGGCUUCACUGUGUUAUCAACAAUCACUGCCUAGUGCCAUCUUCCGUAUAUCACCGCGCCAGUACUGAAUAAAGCAGCCAUGUCUGAUGACUUUGGUUUCUUCUCUUCAUCGGAGAGUGGAGCUGCUGGAGAGACAGAGGAGGAUCCAGCCGCUGCUUUCCUGGCCCAACAAGAGAGCGAAAUUGCAGGGAUAGAGAAUGACGAAGGGUUUGGGGCAGUGCUGGUUGGCAGCCAGACCAAUUCGUUUGAUCAACCAGAGGCUGAGCCAGUGGGUUUUGAUGACUUGGUAACAACCCCAGUACAUGGAGAUCCAUAUCAAGACGGCUCUGGUUUUGGUGAUGGCUAUGCAGCAAUAGCACAUGCUGACCGACUGACCCAGGAACCAGAGAGUCUGCGAAUAUGGAGAGAGGAGCAGAAGCAACGUCUGGAGGAGCUCGAUGCAGCAUCCAAAGUGACAGAACAGGAGUGGAGAGAGAAAGCCAAGAAGGAUUUAGAGGAGUGGUACCAGAGGCAGUCUGAACAAAUAGAAAAAAACAAAGUUUCCAACCGAGCGUCUGAUGAAGCCCUGGCAUCUGAGUCCAAAGAGGAGGAAACUGGGACAGAGUGGGAAAGAGUUGCUCGUCUAUGUGACUUCAAUCCCAAGAGCAGUAAACAGUCAAAAGAUGUGUCUCGCCUGCGAUCAGUGCUGAUUUCUCUGAAACAGACACCUCUGUCUCGCUAGCUUCCAUCUUCAGUUCCACUUCUCCUCCCUAUUUUACAUACCAAAGAAAUCUCCCCGAAUGGUUGUGGAACAUCAUGGUGUAUGAUACCCCCAACUAGAACAUGCCUCCAACCCCUUCAUUUUCAUCCCUGCAGAGCACACUCGGCUGCCAAUCUUGUGAUUCCUUUUAAAUAUCAAUGCAUCAAAUUAUUACAGAGUUUUCAUUUUGAUUUCAAGUAUGUUUCUGGCCUUCAAAGCUUGCAGUGGUGUUGAUGAGUAUUGGGCUGGAUGUUGCGAACGAUGUAUCUCUUCUUUAUGCGUGCUUGGCAGGUUGCUUAUCUAUAUAUUAUGAAGUUGGAAGUAGAAAUAUUUUUUUGCCAUGGCUGCCGAUUAGACUUAAGGUAUAGUGCACUGUGAACUAAAAUGUUUAUAGGUCUAUGCAUAAAUACUGCACUAUUAAAAACAGAAUAGUGGAAAAAACAAAUUGAUACAUUUGAAAUUAAAAGUGAGUGGCAAACAUCAUGAACUUGUCAGAAACUGAGAUUUUAUAGUGCUAGGGGGAUUAAAGUGGUUAUGCCUUAGGACUGUCAUUCACAAAAUUACCAGAUUAGUAAAUAGUCUAACCAUACAAAACGGUAGUUAGAAAAUAGUAUUUGGUGAUGAUAGGAGCUCAGGGAUGAUUUAUUGAUAUGAUUAAUGUUGUUUGGUGGAAAUACAUAUUUUUUUUUAAUUCAGUGGUGCCAUUGUAACGCUCACUGAUUCUAACGUUCUUUUAAGUGGUAUAUUUUAUUUACAUUUUUACCAUUUUUUAUUCUUGAUGCAUGCAGAUGUGUAGAGAUGUGAAGAAUAAUUUAUUGGUUUGUAAUCAACAUAACAGUAGCUUUUGUGUCUGUAUUUCAAAAUAUGUUUAGCAUUUAAUUUUUUCUAGCUAAGUAUACGAAGUUGCAAAAGCUUUACUGGGCUUCAAAAAUGAAGUUUACAUAUAAAGUAGUUCUUCAUUAGAAAGGAUAGUAAUGGAUUUACCCUCCUCACUUAUCUCUUGUGUAACUGCCUAGCUUUUCCAAGAACUGCGCUGAUUUACCAGUAGGUAGAGAGAUCUUUAUAGAAAAUUGUCUCUUGAGCAUGAUACAGUAAUUUGAGUUUUAACAUUUUGAAAAAUUACCUGAAUUCUUAGCAAAUCUAUGCCAGUCUCACCAAACAAUUUAAAAAGGAUAUAUAUUUCCAGCAUAAAUCCAUUAAUACAGCUUUUCUUUUAAAAAAAUAAAUAAACAAUCCUAGAUCAGUACCUUUUUAUAUUCACCACAGGUGCCAAUCUUGAAGGAUACGCAGUUGCUGAUUUGGAUGUAGCAAGCAAUGUAUACAUGCUACAAUUAAUGUGCUGGUUUUAGAAUUAAACAAGGGCUAAAGCAGCCUUUUUCAAAAAUGCAUUUAUAUUGCAGAAUUUGGUAAAAUGGUAUGUUGGGUAAACUUUUUUUUAUUUUAGUUCUCUUAAAUAUAAAACAUUUUGUAUUUUAUUUAGAGAAAAUGAUGCUUGUGAUUGACUUAACUCAGGUACCUUUCUGAGGUAAUUCCCUGUAUAAAUCUUUUAGAUAAGUUCAGGGGAUCAUCUUAAGCAUGAAAUGCAAAGUGAGGAAAAUGAAUUUUGGGUGUAAUAAAUGGUUAAAAUAUUGAGGGAAACAUAUAAAAUGUCAUUUUAUGUCAACAUGCAAACUAAUGGAUAUGUGCAUUUGGCAGUUUCGUUCACUGCCGAAUGCAGAAGAAGGCAGCCACUUGUGGUAUUUGGCUCUUUUAGGAGCCAUAUUUCUUCUUGUGAAAGUGCUCACAAGAAACAAUCUGGCUCCAAAAAGAGCUAAAUGCCACGAGCGCCCCGCGGCCUUCCACAUUCGGCAGUGAACGAAACUGCUGAAUGCACAUAUUUACUAAAAGUUUGUUAUGCUCUGUCAUGUGGCUGAGUUACCAAAGUAAUUAACUAAUGUUAAUGCUUAAAGGGACAUAAUACUCAUAUGCUAAAUCACUUGAAACUGAUGCAGUAUAACUGUAAAAAGCUGACAGGAAAAUAUCACCUGAGCAUCUCUAUGUAAAAUAGGAAGAUAUUUUACCUCACAAUCUCCUCAGCUCAGCAGAGUAAGUUCUGUGUAAAAAGUUAUUCUCAGCUGCAGGUAAAAAAAAUAAAUAAAUGAAGAAAUGAACAGCAGCCAAUCAGCAUCAGCAGUGCUGAGGUCAUGAACUCUUACUGUGAUCUCAUGAGAUUUGACUUAACUCUCAUGAGAUUUCAUAGUAAGCUUCCUUUACCUGAUUGGUGAAAUAAUAUGAGAGUGCACGAUGCUAGUCCCUUCAGAUGUCCCAGGACAAACGCAUUAAAAUGCUGCUUAGAAAUCCUUUACAAUGGGAGGUGGCUACUGAGGAACUUUUGAGGUAAAAUAUCUUUCUUUUUUAUAUAGAGAUGUUCAGGUGAUAUUUUCUAAUCAGCCUUUUACAGCUAUGCUGCAUCACUUUCAAGUGUUUAAACAUUUGGGUAUUAUGGCCCUUUAAUUAAUAAAUUAGCCCCACAGAAAGAAACAGUAUUUUGAAAUAUAUAUUGACCUAAAAUGCUGUUGUUUGGAUAAACAAGGCCAUCGUUAUCUAAUCUGAAUUAUUCAUUUCUUAUGAAUAUUUAAUCAACAUUUUUAGACCUAAAAACAACUUGAUAUUUUCUGUGUACAUAAUCUCUUCUCCUCGGCAGGAACACUAAUUACUUCUUAUAAAUUGCUAUUCACAGACACUUCUACAAAAGGUAUUUAUGGAAAAUGCACAAUAUAUAUUGUAUGCCUACUAAAUAGACACAAUGAAUAGAAUUUGCUGUGUAAUAUGUCUGUGUCUCACAUUGACAUACAAUAUAAAAUAGAAACAUAUUGCACUUUUCCUGUUUAAUUAAUCUGUUUUUGUUGUUUGCUUUGGAUACCAUGUUCUUGUAGUACAAUGACAUUAACAUAUAAACAUGCAAUGUCAUUGCCGCUGGAAUGCAAACAAAUUACACUGCGUUUUGUGAUCAAUGUUGUCUAUUUACGCUGUGUCGCAUAAAUAAAAUGCCAUCAAGUCA